GAACAUGGAAGAAGCCAUUAUUAUCAUUACACAACAACUUUUUUUGUUCAACCAACCACUUGGCAAGUAAGCUCGGAAUUAGAUAAACAAUAACGCCAUUAACAUUUAACACAUCUUUGAAAGCUCUCAAGCCUGAAUGAAAUCAACAAAAAGGUUGAAUCCAAUAUUAGGAGACUGGAUAUGCGUAUGUUUUUUUUAUUUUUAUUUUGUACCACCAGCUCAGCUAGCUUGUGUGUGUACUACUGAGUCUACUGUGUAAUUUUGUUGUAACUUAAUUUAGAUCUGAAAAUGAUUGACUCAAACUCCAAAUUAAAUUAGUAUUAUUUAUUCUUGACAUUGUUACUGUACUGUAGUGUUAUUUAUUUAAAUGUGAUAGUUUUACUUUUAAAAACUUGUAUUUUAAAGUAACUUUAGUAUGGACUAUACUAUCAGCUAUCUUAAUUCAGGGCCAUUUUUUCUCUCCAGAUUUUAAUUUUAUUGAUGGUUUUACUCUUUAACUUUAAUUAAAUUUAAAAAAAAAAGUUACAAUUACAAUUAUGUCAGUAAGUCAGUUUUUAUGAAAUUUUAAAUAAGCAAUAGUACAAGUCGGUAUAUUAUAUAGUAUAUGCAUGAUAACUAAUGAUUGAUGACAUUGAUAAUGAUCUUUAUGACCAUAUACUGUGUCAUAAUGUAUAUGAGUCAUUCAUUAAUAAUGUGUAGUCAUUGAUUGGACUCAGUCAGUACUAUGCUGUAAUAUUAAUAGUAUAGCCUGUAAAAAUGUAUAGUGCUAGCAUAUAGGCCUAUUACUAUUAUAUAUGAUUAUUGUGUAGACCAGGGGUGCCUGCAUCCCUGGGAGUGGGGAUGUGGUAGGCAGUCAAGGGAUGCGAAAAAACUCAUAGUUCAGUUGCAUUUUUAUUGACCUUUUUUUUUAUCGUUGGAAGUAUGUUGAAAUAUGUUUUGAAAUUGAGAUGGGGUUGCAGGAAAUGUUUUGAAAUCAAGAGGGGGUUUAGUCAGUGCAGCAGUAUUGUUAGUUAAUAACUGACCUCAACUGUUGACAAGUAGCCUGUGGGAAAACUGGCUGUUAUUAAAGUGUUAACUUAAUGUUAAUGUUUAUUGGGUGUUUUUUUUAUUGGGGGGGGAGGGGGGGGAAUUAUUUUUUUGGAAAAUUUAUAUAGAUCAUUUCAUUUUCCUAAAAAAGCACCAAUAUAUCUGAAGAGGUCCCCAGGUAAAGCUUCUACUGUCUUGCCCCACUUCACAAAUACUGGUUAUGUAGUUGGUACAAGUAUUUCUAAUUUGAAAACUUCCUAGUUCCAAUUAUGGGUGUGAAUAAACUCUUAGUCAUGUCCUUUUAUUUUGACAUUUCUCUCUCUCAGUCCAUUUAAAAGUAAAUGUUUAUUUUUAAAAUAGUAAAUGACACAUUUUUAUGUGAUAUCUAAUUAAGUUAUAAAGCUGGAUUUACUUCUAUGUGUAUAUGGCAUUAAAAUCUUUUUGAAGGUGAAAUAUUGAAGCAUUUUAAUUAUAUAUACUAUUUAAAGUACUUAAGAGUAAGUUUCUCAAAAAAAGUUUCCAGAUUAAGCUUCUAAAAAAUCUAAAAUGAAUUUCACAGAUGUCAGGGACUAGAUAACCAACCAUUUAAUGCAUGUUGCACUGUGUUAAGAAGGGUGUAAAUAGGUCAAAUAACGUGCUUAAGGGAGAGUCAAGGAGACUAAUUUAAGAUAAAAACAACUGCUAAAAUCAAUAUUUCAUUAGGAGGAAGCUAUUGCUGGAGUCUCUCCCAUAAUAGUCUUGUACUGAAUUUAUGCUGUGACCUAUGAACUUUAUCCUACAUAUGAGGCUAUUUGGUAACAAUGAUUCAGCAGAUCCUCAAGCCACACAUCAGUAGGCAUAGAGUUACAUAUACCAGUAGUUUUAGGCCUACAUAGGAGGAUAUUGACUUCUGCUUAUGUUUUGACAGAGAGCUGUUCAAAUAAUUAUUUGUAUUUAUUUAUUAUUUGUAUAAAGUUUUUUUUUAAUCCAGAUGACUUCACCUGUCCAUUUAUAAUUGUUUUAAAUCCCACCCCUCCCCUCUCUUUUUUUUUACCUUUGGCCUAGUUUAGUUACCUAUACCAUACUCAGUUGUUUUAACAUUUUGUGUACAAAAAGCCAUGAAUAUGGUUAUACGUGCACUUGUAUACUUCUUUAAUUUUAAACACCAAAUUGGCUAAAACAUAUGUAUCCAUACAACAUUUUUAACCAAUAGUACUUUUUUUUUCAAUGUAGGUUUAAACAUCUUGAAAUACUGCACAUUAAAAACCACAUCAAAAUAUAAAACUAUUCCUCAGUUGUAAAUAUCUCUAUAAGUAACUCCUCUUUAAAUAACAAAAACAAAAAAAAUGUACUCUAAUUUUUCUAUGAUACAUUUGAUGGUUAGCUACAGUUUUGAUUAAUGAAGAAAGUUUGGUUUUUGGCCCAAAGUUCAUUUGAGAUAAGUAGAAAUUUUUCUUGGUUGAACUAUCGCUCGAUUAGUCUGCAAGUAUUUUACCCCAGUGUGUGCAUCAGUACUUUUCUCCUGAGGCCUGGUUUAUAAUUAAGCAAGACGGUCUGAUUCACCUUUAAACAUGAUUCAACUCUAUAAUAUCAUCAACAGGUCUUUUUAGUUUUUAAAAAUUGUAUGUAAUUGAAAACAUAAUUGAGAUUACAUUUCCUGUUCAAACGUGGAUGUGUUGUGCUAUGAACUCUGACUUUGUUUAAAAUUUAAUUGAUGUCCUUGCUUUGUUUUUUAUUUUCUGUGUGUAGAUUGCUUGCCCUUGGAAAGUCACAGCAAAUCUCAGAGAUGAUCGUCUCUCCACUAACUUAUCUGCCCCUCUUGAUGCGCUGCGGUGCAUUCGGACUAGGAAGAAGUUGUUGCACUUAGUUGUUUGAUUAAAACUGUGUCAGUAAUCAUUUCAGAACAUUACCGUGUUAAAUCUAUCUGGGAUUUGUGGUGUUGGACACUAAAGAUUAGCCCCAAGUGUUGUGUUUGUUCUAUCCAGACUUCAUCUUCAGCAUGCUGAGGGACAAACAAAAAAUAAUCGGUGAAGCUGAAGUGGAUUAUUUAUUAAUCUUUUAAAUAAUACUGAACUAUUAUAAAAUAAUAAAGAGUCAACAUCGAUAAGACUUGCAGAGUUAAGCUGUUGGCCAGAGCUGCCCCUAUGAAUUAUUUGGUGUUUAAGGAACUCUACAUAGGUGAAACUGUGACGCUGUCCAGUGGUUGUCAAAUUCACUUUAGUGCUGACUUACUUGAUCCAAUGACCAGUUCAGCUGAAGCUGGUUCAUUGCGUCGUUGAUGGGACUUGGCAGGUCUAGGCUUUCGUCCAGAAUGAGCGGCAGCGACCAGGAGCCUGAACCAUCAGAAGCACACAGGAUACUGAGUUCAGCGACUGAGGAACCAGACCUACCCUCCAUCGUGGCGUAUCUUAUUCGAAGGUAUUCCUGUGCUCCACAGCUGAAUGUCUUCUAUUGUUUGGUUGUUGUUGUUUUUUUACUGUGACUGCCAGCAACAUUAGGCCACUGUGACUGAGCUGUAAGAAGUAUUGUUUCAGGUGUGUGCCGGGGGAUGGAGCCACACUUAUGAAAGUUUCUGGACACGAAGCACGUGGUGGUCUUGUGGACACAGGAGUAACCAUGAAAACUUGCCUGUGAUGUGACUAGUCUCCUCUGCUCACGUGACAACCAAUGGGGACUCACUGUUGCAAACCUUCCAGGUUGAGUCCCCAUGUUAAUUUAAGCGCUACCCAAACUCAGAACUUGUUUCUGUAUUUGGAAUGGCUGUUCAUCUGUAGCAAUAUUUUAACAUGCUCAUACCUCUAAGACUCGCAACUCACUGGUUGUUCGAAGAAGGACUUUUUGGCGCUGCCGUUUUGGCGCAGGACAUUUUGGCGCCAUUUAAAAAUAACUUUUUAUUUAACUUAACGUUUAUAAACUUUUACACAAAACUUGAUCAUUAUCUAUGGUCGUGUGUAAAUGAGCCUUGCAUUCGUUCUUCAUCUCACAUCGCCAGAACUUCUUGGAAUGGUGUGCACUAAACUUAUCGAACACAUAACAGUAUCCUUCGUGAUUCAACUUUUCUUUACCACGCUUCGAUGUAACAUUUUCCAUUUUACUGGUUUAACAGAAUUAUAAUAUAUGAUAUAUUUAUGAAACUCUACUUAACUUAUGAUUUUAGUCUAGAACACUCUUGCACUUUUAUAAAUGUGAAGCGCACACACGAUUAGGCAGGAACGGUAAAUAAUGGCUUAGGCGAUCUGUGCGCCAAAAUGACCUGCGCCAAAACGGCUCUGCGUCAAAAUCGUCGCGCUAAAACGGCAGCGCCAAAACGUCACGUACCGCUGGUUGUUUAAACACUUGAGUUUACACCAAUGGACUGGACAAAUUAUACUUGAUGGAGUAUUUCACAUUAUUUUCACUUAUAAAACGAGCUAACGAUGAGACAUCCUCCAUUAGGUAAGGGAUUCUAGGCCAUUUGUGCAAAUUGCACUCAAGAAAUUUAAGCAUCCAGUGUGUAAAUAAUCCAAGACUAAAUCAUAUUGUAACUAACUUAAGACUAUGUCAUGGAGCGCUGUGAGCGUGCUAAAAUAGCAUGGAUAGAAGCGCUAUAAAAGUGCUCAAUCAAUCAAUCAAAGUCAUAUAGACUUAAUAAGUUUGUUUUAUUUAUCCCCCACAGUAAAGAAGAAAAAAAAAGCGUGACAUCUAAUAUUUUAAAAAAAAAAAAAAAAAAAAAAUACUAUUUUAAAAGAAAUAAUAAUUUAAUUAUAAUAUUUAAAAAAAAACAAAAAAAAAAAAUAAAUUAAAAUAUAAAAAAAAAAUUUUUAUUUAAACCCCAAAAAAAAAAAAAAAAAAAAAGCGUGAAAACUAAUAAUUUAAAAAAAAAAAAAAAAGGAAUGCUAUUUUAAAAGAAAUCAUAAUUUAAUUCUAAUGUUUAAAAAAAAACAAAAAAAAAACAUAAAUUCAAAUAUUAAACAAAAACACAUGAUUCUAAUAUUUAAAGAAGAAAAAAAAAUAUUGUCAACUGUAAUGUGUUAGUUUGAAUGAGAAAAUAUAAGAUUAAAAAGUGUAUUACAAAAAAAAAAAUCAUGUGCUGAAUUCUAAAAAUAGAUUUAUUUAAGAAAAUUAAGUGGAGCUCUCUUUAGGCAGAGUGAGCUUGGUAACCUCUGACUCAGAGGUAUUUCCAGUAAUUACAUUGCUGUAUACAUAACAACAGUGAUGCUUAGUAUGAAUAUAUUUACAUUUCACUGUUUUUGUAAGGUCAGUGCGUAUGACUGCUGUUAAUGUAAGUGUGACAGCUCAAACAUGUACUGGAAUGUCAGAAAGGGAAGUUGAAAUGUGGUAAUUAAAAAGAUUUUAAAUAGAUAGUUGGUAUAAUUCACUGUAUUUACUACAUAUAUAAGUUUUAAGCCAUGAAAAUUAUUACAUACACAUAUAUAUAUAUCAAAUGUAUAUCAUUUAUGUGUAUGUAUGUGUGUGUAAUAUUUGCGUGUAUGUAUGAUGAGAAAUGUAAGUUUUCACAUAUUUUAUCCUUGUCUGUAGUGGCCAGAUUCGGUUCAUCAGCCAGGACACGGGCAACUCAGACAGUGACAGUUCAUCAGAGAAUGAAUUUGUUGCCCCAUGUUCAAAGCCACCCGCAGGUAAAUCUAUUUGAUCUUAUUUCAUGUUAAUCAAAAUCGGUGAAGUGUCCAAACUCAGACUUAGAUUUGGGUCCACUUAGUGCAGCUAAUUGGGCAACAACUCACUUCAAUUACUUCUUUUCUUCGGCUCAAUUUUAUGUGAUCUUCCGGGAUGAUGAUCCUUUUCUUUUUUUCCAGGUCUUUUCAAAAUGUCUCCCUCUCAAGAAUUCCUGGCUUUUCUUGAUCCUCUUUCUCUUGUGUGGCAUCGAGUAUAAAGUAGUUGUAAUUGCAUGCGUCUUAAGCAGGCAGAAGAUGUCCUUUCAGCGUGCCAAGCUUUGUACUCAACAUCCACAUUCCAGCUGACUUAACAGUAUUUUCUUUGAUAAGAUCGUCCUAAUGUGUGUGUGAUCCAUCGUUUGUGAGCACAAAUGGCAGGUUUAGGUGUGCUGAACAAAAUUAACGUAACCAUUUUAAAUACAACCAAAGCCUUACCAACGUUUUUUGUACUCAUGGUCUCCCAUAUUGGAAACCUUUAUACUCCUCCUCCCCUUGUACUUAUUCCACUCACGUAUGCAAAUGAUCAAGCAGGGUGUUGCAAUAUUCUUUCUAAUGGAAAUUACACUUGGCAGUGUUUCUCUCUUUGCUAAUUUUAUAGAGGCCACUUCUCCCCGCUCACGUGAACCACAACGGCUUCUGCCUCUCUUUGCUAAAUUUAUAGACACCACUUCUCCCAGCUCACGUGAACCACAACGGCUUCUGUCUCUCUUUGCUAAUUUUAUAGACACCACUUCUUCCCGCUCACGUGAACCACAACGGCUUCUGUCUCUCUUUGCUAAUUUUAGAGACACCACUUCUUCCCGCUCACGUGAACCACAACAGCUUCUGAUUAGAGCAGGUGGGUUGCUUGUUGUGUUAGCCCCCUUCCCCAAGACACUUCCAUCAGUUCAUAUAUUUUAAUCCUAUCUGCUCCAAUCCUGGCCCUUUAUUUUUUUUAGCUUUUAAAAUUGGUUUCAUCCAAUGUUUUGUUCGUUUGAUCACACACAUUAAUAAUUCAAAGUGACCCUGGACACGCAGCUGUGCCAUCCGCACCCAGGUCCCAUUAGACAAAUGCUAUUCGGAUGUCAUUUGUGGUAGUUUAUUUUAGUUAAACUGAAGAAGUAAGUUUAAAAACAUAUAGUCCAUUCAAUUAUUUUUCAUUUGAUACCUCAUUUUGUCUUAUCAACCCAACAAUAAUACUUUAAAUAGUUUUUUAAUCCCAACCUCUCACUUGUGGUACCCGGAUGAGAAUAGUCGCAGCCUUAAUAAUUAAGUUGUCUCCGCCAGUUUUAAUACUUUUGGUCCUAUCUGCUCCAAGCCCACCUCCUUAUUUGAAAAAAAUAUUAAAAAAUUGAUGACGUCUAACUCUUGCCUUUUUAACCAACCCAAUUAUGUGUCAGUCAUCAUAACGCAAGUAGCCCACCACCUGUUAUAAAAUUGUAUUCUUCAAGAUGGUAUUCACAUUAUUAAUUAAGUCAUGCAAAGGAACUUACUCAUUUCUUUUCAUCUGAUACAGUGAAAUCUGUAAAGUAUGUAUAUAAUGCAGUUAUUUGAAGGUUUGUUUUUGUUAACUCCUUGCAAAACUGACUUGCCUGGUAAAAAGAUUUGAGUGCUUCAAUAUUUGAAUCUUUAAAUAAACAAAACACAACUAUUUUACAAUACCUGAGGGAAAUUAUCCAUUUUUAAAUUUUACAAUGUUAAAUGGAUGACUUGAAUUGUUUAUGUUUUUAUUUUCCCAGUUGAUAUCCAACCCAAUGUUAAGGCUUUACAGGUAAAUUUAGGAGUAGAUUUUAGGCUUUAAAUUUAGAUUUUUUAAAUAUUUUGUUCCAGAAAAAUGGACAGAAUUUACUUAAAAUAUAAUUGUCUGGGAUGUUGGUUGAAAACUAUUAUCAAUGAAAUUUAUUUUGGGGGGGGAAAAUGAUUGUCAGUGUUACUUUAUUUUCAGGAAAGUGAUAUUUAUGCUUCAAUCAUGCAGUCGUCUGGCAGACUGACGGACAAAACAUGGACUUCACAAUACCACUCCUUGACAAUACCAAACUUUGUUGCACAGGUCAGAAAGUUUUCCAGCCCACCGUGUCCCGUUGUGAAUUAAAUACAAAUUUAAACUAAUUAUUUCAGAAAUUUAAACUAAUUAUUUCUUCUAAGAUCAAAGUUUGUUAUAGUACCAAAAAAAAAACAAUGGUUUUUAAUGGAAGGGUGUCAGGCAUCUUGUCAUCUGUGUGGCCUACAAUUUUAUUUUAUUUUUCAGUACAAAUAUUUAUUGGUAAUGGAUAAUCAGAUGUUUGAACUUAACUCUCAAAGUCUGACGUGCCAGUCUAACUGGCUUUCCGCCGAUCAUGUUUUAACACGAGCCAGUCUAUGCGGCGUUUUAAAGUGACUUUUUAAAAUUGGGAUUUUAUGUAUAUAUUUGGGUGUUUUGUCCAAAUCGAUAUUUCCACAUCUUUUUCCGCUGUUAACAUUUUUAAAAAACAUGCAAGGAAUUUGUUUUUUUAUCUCAAUUUUAUUAAGUUAAGAAAUAUUGUCUGUGGUCACCCAGGGUCAAAUUUUAUCACACCAAAAUUACUGUGUCAAAACGUGGAUUAGACCUACGGACACUAAGAGUUAAUAUAUAUGUAGCCUGUGCCUUUGUAUCUCUGCCUAAUACCUCUGCCUUUAUAAUCUCUGCCUCUAUAUCCGUAUCUCUGUAUUUUCAGAGAGAAUUGGGGUUGAAGAAUCAACAUCAGUUCACUCACGGGGAUAUGUGUGUCUUGAACUCGAGGUAAGGGACAUAAUUACCAAUUGGCUCAAAUGGGAAUUAAGAUUUACCUGACGUUGAGAUAAUGGAUAUCAAUAAAGCUAUGCAUAUUUAGCUGCUAGAUGAUAUUUAAUGGCUAUAUAUAUUUGAUAGGAGAAAUGAGUUGUUUUUCUCUUGAGCAAAGGCAAUUUUAAUAACUUCUACCUAUAUUAUUAAGAUAAGGUUAGGCUUGAGAAAAAUACACAACUAGCUUAAACAAAUAUUGUUCGACUAUUUAACUUCACAUGGCUUGACCACAGUCCCUCGUAUAUUAUUGUUUGUUCUUUGAUCUAUUACACUGGAAAUAAUUCUAUGAAGUUUGACUUUUACUGUUUCCAAUGGUAGGUUUCUUCCCAACAAGAUGCGUAAGAUCGCCUCCUACCAUCAUAAAAAAGCCUUCUGUGGGAUUUACUCAGAUGAUGGCAAUGUCUUCCUGUCAGCUUGUCAGGGUAAAUGAUUUCUUACGUGUCAUGAAUGUCUUACCAGAAAUAAGGAACUGGUUGUUUUAGUUUGCUCAUAUGCCGUUAAAUUUUAUUUGAUCAUUCUACCUAAUCUAAAUUAAUAUUUGUUUCACUGGUGAGGGUGUGAAAAUGUUGUCAACAAACAUUUGUCGCACCUGUGACGGUGUGAAAAUGUCAACUAAUAUUUUUGCAUCUGUGACGGCAUGACUGUUUUGUCUUUUAAUAUUUUUAGCAUUGAUGCCUGAGUGCAAAUGUUGUCAAGUUGGUGGAGAUAGUAUACAACACUACACAAUUCAAUAUAUACCUACUCUUUGUCUACUCUAAACUACAGACCAAAACAUCCGUGUGUACAACACGAGUAAUGAAGAGUUUAAACUGAUCAAGUCUAUCAGAGCCAGGGAUGUAGGUUGGAGUGUGCUGGACACAGCCUUCAGGUAUUUAUUGUACUCGUGAUUCUGUCAGUAUUUUUUUUUGGUUGAAAAUCAAAUGUAAUGAUUUUUAAGCCAUCAGUUGCAAUCGCCACUCAACAGUUCACAUUAAAGCAUUUCAUCACAUUUUUAACCCGAGCAACUGAAUACUUUUCAUACUAAUGUAAUUGGAUUUUUGUAAAUUUCUUUUUGAUCAGCCCUGAUGGUCGCUACGCAGCAUAUUCAAGUUGGUCAGAUUGCAGUAAGUAGAAAUAUAUAAGUUAGGGAUUCUUUAAUAAAAAACAAAAACAAAUCGCUGUUAACCCACACCUGUCUAAUGCACCUAAAGAGUAACCCCCCUUGUGAUUACCAACACAUUUAAUAAUGAAGCUCCUCAAGGAUCCUAACCAUCUAAACUGAAACACCUCGGCUGUCCGAGAGCGCUUGAAAAGUGUCAUAGAAAUUCAGAGAUGGAACUAUAUUGAUCAGGCUAACAGUAGGAUCUAUUUUAAACGAUGCAGAAAGUGUUGUGUAUGUUCCUAUGGUUCAAGAUGGCCCCGCAUCGUUUUUACUAUGGUUGUCACUUUUGCUGGUGACCGUGAACUGGUGAAAAUGUACGUACUCUCAAUAUCAGAUAUGGUCAAUGUUAUGCUACAUAUGAUCUUCUAGAUAUCCUAGUUUUGUUAAGCUCAAUUCUCUGGUAUACGACUCUAAAUAAACAAUAAAUGAACAAUCCAUUUUUGAGCUUAUUAUUUCAUUAAUUUAAAAUUAAAUCAUUUCUAAUUAAAAUUUGAUUUCCAACUGACCCACACACAGACAAGAAGUUACAGCAUUAAUAGGUUAACCAGAAGUGGGUUGUUACAUAUUUUUGAAGUAGGUUGUUAUGUAUUUCUGAAGAGGGUUGUUAUGUAUUUCUGAAGUGGGUUGUUAUGUAUUUCUAAUUAGGUUAAAUGACCAUGAUGUGUCCGUCUGUAGGGUACAUAUGUUUAAAAAAAAUUAUUCUUCAGUUCAUCUGUGCAGUAUAUACGGAGACCACGAUGUGCACGAGGCGCUGCACUUUGACCCAGGGGACCACAGUUUCUGCAUCUUCUCUCUUAUGUUUUCCUCCGACAACAAGGAAAUACUUGGGGGGUAAGACUCAAGGACCACCUUCAAACGCAUUGAAAUAUUUACCUCCUUAUUUGUGACAAGAAGUUCCAUAGCUCAUUAAAUUAGGCUUAAUAGCUGUUCAGAAGUCUUCAAAAGAAGGAUUUAUGUGACAUUGAGUGCAAAUGAAACAAUGUAUGAUGACAAAUCAAAAGAGUUUUCGUCAAUGCAGCUUAUAAUUUUUAUUUUUUUUUCAUGGUGGACAUGCUUAAAAGAAAUGUGAUGGAAUAUUCUCCUUCCCCAUCUAAACUCAAUCCAUGCUGGGUCUAUAGAGGCAUCCUAUAUCUCUCAAGUAAUACAUAAACCAUGGGGGAAGUAUUUUUGUUUAAAUAAAAAUAACUGUUUUUGUCACCAGGGCAAAUGAUGGUCACCUGUACGUGUACGACUUGGAGUCCAACAAAAGAACAUUAAAGGUAUUACCUUCCAGGGCAGUGCCCCCCCCCCCAGUUUUCUUUGCUAUGUACACUAAUAUAAUUUUAAAGCUGCUAUGAUCAAGGCCUUGAGCAUUGUUUAUUAAUUUAUCAACCCCCUGACUGCCAAACGCGGCCUGUGCUAAUUCAACCCUGUAAUGGCGAAUUCAGCCCAUAAUGAUUCAACCCUGUGAAGAAAAAUCUGGCCGGUGUUGAUUCAGCCCUGUGACGGCCAAGUCUGGCCACGUAACACUGUUUACACGUUGCUAUGUAGAUAUUGCAAAUCUCGCCAUUUAAAUGAAAAUCUCUUGAGAAACGUGAUCGAAGGAGACUUCUUCCGUUUAAAAAAAAAAAAUAUAUUUAUUGAUUGGUUGUGGAGUUCUUAUUCUAUGAAAAGCAGAUUUUUUAGUUGUCGUUUGUUUUGAUCAUCAGUAAAGUACUUUAUUGUAAAUUGACUUCUAAGGAUUUACACAAGAAAAGCAUUAGAAAAUAAGGAUACGCAACAUAUGAAUCGACCAAUUAUGAAUGCCAAAUAAUUUUUGUUCAUAUUAAUAUACAGUUCAAUUGAUUUGUUUUAGUUUUUAUUGUUUCUGAACCAAUCUACAGUAAGGGUGGAGUUGGUAGCCUCUGGCUUGGGAUUUUCAAAUGAUAAAAUGACCUGAGCGCCCAGAGUGGAGUGGGUUAAAAAUAAUCAAAAUUUCAGUCUGUCUUUAAAUUGAUUCUCAUCAGAUCAAUUGAUACUUGUUUCCCCCCCCCCCCCCGAAAUCACUUUUGAUUUUCAGCUGACUUUGAACACUGUAACCAUAGUUGGGUUAAAAAAAAUAAAAAUUUCGGUUUUUUUUUAAAUUGUUUUCCAUCAAAUCAAUUGAUAUUUUUUUCCCCCCCCCCCCCGAAAUCACUUUUGAUUUUCAGCUGACUUUGAACACUGUAACCAUAGUAACUUGUGCUCUUUGCCAGCAUCUUUUGUAUUGUAGCCUACAUAUUAACAUAUGAACUGUCCCCAGAUUGACGCCCACGAUGAUGAUGUAAACACUGUACGAUUUGCCGAUAACAGCUCUCAGAUUUUAUACAGUGGAGGAGAUGAUGGCCUAUGCAAGGUAAGUGAGUCUGUAUUGAUCAGGGGUCAGUUAGGCUGUAUUGAUCUGGGGUCAAUUAGGCUGUAUUGAUCUAGGGUCAAUUAGGUUGUAUCGAUCAGGGGUCAGUUAGGCUGUAUUGAUCAGGGGUCAGUUCGGGUGUAUCGAUCAGGGGUCAGUUCGGUUGUAUCGAUCAGGGGUCAGUUCGGUUGUAUCGAUCAGGAGUCAGUUAGGUGGUAUUGAUCAGGGGCAGUUAGAUGUUCUGUACAAGGAGUUAAAGUUAAUGUUUCAAGAGAAUCCUUACACAUAAUUUGAGUUUCUUACCAAAACAAAUGUUCUUUAAGAAUUUUUGAUGGCUUGUGACUUAACUAACUGUAGGACAGUGAGAAUAUGACUUUUUAAUUGGAUUUUAAAAAAUUGAGUAGUGCGCACAGGAAAUUAACUUUGGUUACAUUAAUUCAGGUGUGGGACAGAAGGACAUUAAGAGAGGAACGACCUGUUCCUGUGGGCAUCCUUGCUGGCCAUUGUGAUGGCAUCACGUAUAUAGAUUCAAAGGUAAGAAGUCUUCACCUUGCACUUAGAAAUUUGAUCAGUGUAGAGGCUGGAGACAUCAAAUGUUUAGUUCAAAUAUAAACUGCUGACAUAACUGGCCAUAUUUGGAGUUUGUCAGGAACUAAUGUGGUCAGCCAGCUGUUUUAUGUAUGUUACAAAUGAAGUUUAUUUCAACCAUUCAGUUGUAUAUUUAGGAGAAUGGCUCAAGGUAAAAUAUAUGUAUUAAAUUGAACUUCUCUAUUGCUCUUAAACUGAAAGAAUGCUUUGAUCUCCCAUGAGAAUAUCUCAUGGCUGGUUAUUAAAAUAUACAUUACAUUGUACUUGAUUUUCAACAUUCCAUCAGGGGGACGCCAGGUUCUUUGUGUCCAACUCUAAAGACCAGACAAUGAAGCUCUGGGAUGUUCGAUGCUUCUCCGACCAAGCUGGGAUUGAGGUACGUGUGAUGAGGUGCCUAAACUCGCUUCAGCGGUGAAAAGCUUUGUUCCCUGUGUUGUCAGAUAAAUUUGGGGUGAAAUCAUAAGCAUUUCUAUGACAAACACAAAUAACAGUAAUAACACCAUGCAAAAGUGCCCUGUUGAUAUCAUGUCAUUUCUCAUUCACCUUAUUAUAAUCAAACUAAACAACCCCUGCCCAGUAUCCCACUUCUGCAUCAGCUCAGUAAAGAUUCACAGCCUUCAAAUAUGAUCCUACUCUGCAGCUUGGUUUAUAAACUGGUCUUGGGUAAAAUCAAAACGAGACUGGUUUAAUAAAUACAAUUAUGUUUACAUGUGUGGGUAGAGAAAUAUAUGCAGACAUUAAACUAAUUUGCCAUCAGUCCAUUGAUGGAUCAUGACACAUGUACAAGAAUGACACGCUCAAGUCACCACAUCAUCUUUUAUUUGCCAGGAGACGAAGAAAGUGGUUUCCUCACAGCGCUGGGACUACCGUUGGCAGCAAGUUCCCAGGAGAAGUGAGUCUAGUUCUCUUUUUUUUUUUUCUGGAAAAAAUAAAAUGUGGACCAUUUGCUCCUGAAAUAUCACUAGAGCAUUUUAGUGAUGAAGGGUCUGAAGUUUAUUUGGAAAACUAACAAAUAUAUAUCUCUAUAUUCCUAAUGCCAACUAAAAUUUUGUUCAGUUUAUUUCACUUCAUUGAAAUCUAGAUUAAAUUAAUUCUUGAAAAGAUCAAUUUAAGAAAACAAGAUUAGAUUCUAUAAUUUAAAAAAAAAGAAAGAAAAUGUUUUAUGUUUUUUGUAUUUCUUAAUUUUAAAAUGACCUGAAAUAUUUCUUAAUAAAAAAAAAAAAUAAUAGAAAUCCAAUUUUUGUAACAACUGAAUAAUUUUAUUUCACAGUGUCAAAGAAACGUGACUUGAAAGGUGACUCAUCGGUCAUGACCUACAGAGGUCACUGUGUCCUCCAUACAUUGAUCAGGUGUAAGUUCUCACCAGAGGCCAACACGGGUCAGAGGUUCAUCUACACAGGUUGUGCCACGGGCAGUGUCGUCAGUGAGUGAAGGGAUUUAUUCUUCUGACCUACAUCUUAAUCCUUUGUGCUUGUAUUUUUAAAAAUUUUGUUAGAAAAUGUCAAAAUUUUGUUAACAAAUUUUAAAAAAUCAAAAUCUUGAAACAGAAACUAAUUGUAAAUUUAGAUUUGGGGUUAUCAAAAUUUACUUUGAAUACCAGAAAUUAAAAGCUACAAAGGGGGGGGGAUAAAAAUCCAUUUGUUGUUAAUCUUUUCUUUUAAAUUAACAUCACCUUCAAUCAGGGAAUAAAACAUUUAUGUCGGAUAUUUUUAUGCAAAUAUUCAAAUAUGUUUUUUUCAUGUAUUAAUAUCAAGAUUUUUUUUAACGGGCUAUAAUUGUGAUUUACCCCUUAUGUGUUAUUAAUCGUCGUUUGUUGGCAACUAGCAACUGCACUUUCUCCGAUUGACACGGUUUAAUGCAUUUCUUGAUGCAGUAUUAAUGUGCCAUUUUUAAAUUCUAAUUAUUGUCAAACCCAACACUUUCAGUCUAUGACGUCCUGACCGGUAGAGUGAUCCGUAAGCUGGAGGGCCACUCCUCGUGCGUACGUGACGUGUCGUGGCACCCGUACAACAACACAAUCAUCAGCACCUCUGUAAGUCUUGACAUCAAAGGCCUUUCAAUAAUGAGUUAUCCGUGAAAUCGUUUGUGUGACGUCAUCAUUGGCAGUCAUCAGUUGGGGGCAUCCACCCUUCCGCUUUUUGCAUUACACUUUAAAGUUGUAAACGUAGAGGUACAAUAGUAUGAUUGGAUUCAUGUUAACUGCAUUCUUAACUCCUUCAAGAUAUGAACGGCAAGGGCUAAAAUUUAAUGCCCGUUUCUACCUACCAUGUUUCACCCAAGCCGCCGGGUCAAACUCAGUUGUUGGAGGCAUUUUUGUCUUCUCAGCCCCCACAUUAAUUGUUUUAUUCACAAUGAAAUUGAUGUCUUAACUAAGUUUAUUUUGUGGUUCAUACAAAUGAUAUUUUGUUUUGUUUUACCACCUUAUUUUUGGGACAUUCAAGUUAACUUAUGACUUUGACCCAAGUUGAUCUUGAUUAAAAUCAUUAUAAAACUGUUUAAAGAUCUUCCAUGAUUGUAAAUAUACAUUUGGUAUGCUUUCUUUAAAAGGAUUCUUUUUUUAGAGUCCAUCUUAAUUUAUGACAAAAGACUUAUCCCUUGACCUUUCUGUGAGUGUAAUGAACAGUUCUGAAAUUUAUUUUAGCGUUUCUGUUUUAAAACUUGUGUCACUCUGUGAAGGGCUAAACAAUGCUAUGAUCCAUAUAAUUAAAUAACAAAUAUCAUUUUUAACUUUUUAAAAGAAAUUUGCAGACAUAGUUAAAACUUUGGUAACUUUGUUGUUGUAAAUUUUAAUGAUUACAACUCUGUAUUUGUCCAGUGGGAUGGCACACUGGGUAUGUGGUAUUACCAUGACUACAACGCACACAGCUCUGAACCCGAUGAGGUGGAGGUAAGUCUUGUUUAUCUUUUCAUUCGGGGGGGGGGGGGGAGAUCCGAAUAAGUACCAUGGGAUCCAGGGCUUGUAACUUAAACUUUUUUUAAAAAGUAGAUGCAAAAGGAAUAAGAGAAAGUGGAGCUCUGAAUAGUAUUACUAUUUCACAGUGGCAUGUUGAUGUGAAGGUUUUUAUAGCAAUGUAAAAACACAACAAAAAAAAAAUAAUUCUUUAAAUUAUUUUAAAGAAAAAGGUUUUUUAAUAAUGUAAACAGGGUUGUGAGACUGAUAUAGUAAGACAUCAUUGUUUUUUGUUGUUGUUUUUUUUUCAAUAUAUAGUGUUAGAUAGGAUAGGCUAGGAUAGUAUAGGUAAAAUGGGUGGGCUUUAAUGUAAUGAAAAACUUUCCAUAUCAUAAUCACAACUAAUUAUAUCUUUGUGGAUUUUCCCCAUGAUCUAUUUCAACUGUGCUAUUGAUAAUUAUUAUUUCUUGGAAAAACAAACUUUAAUCUGCCUUCAUGUACUUCUUUCUAUCAUUUUAUACUGGAGCAGUCCAAAAGUGAGAAUCUUGAUUUCCAGGUUUUCUUUACAAGCAAUCUUUAAAUAUAACCCCCUUAAAAAAAAUAAAAAAACAGUUUUCACUGGGUUUUCUGAAAUUAAAAAAAAAAAAAAAAAUUUUUUUAUCAAUGAGUUUAUGAUUCUUUAAGCAUUGCAUUUCUCAUGUUUGGGAUAUUCCCUGAUAGAUUUUUCUCUUUGGGCUGACAGAUCGCCUUAAAACUAAUACUAACUUAUGUUGUGGUCUACAGCUGCCUAGUUCUAUCGACAGUCCACGAUUUGCUGCUAAGCGACCCAGAAUGAAAAAGACCAAAGAAACUCCUCUGCUUAGCCUCUAUGAUUAACAACAGAUCUGGGGGGAGCCUCUGAGGUUCAAGUAAACAGGUCAUAGAGUUCAUCCUCCAGAAAUAUAGAACUCAUCUCAGAAGGAUCAUUGACGUCGGCUGAUAAAUGGUGGAAAUCAAUGUUCUAAUCAAAUAGGGAAAAGAGAGAGAGAUUUUUAAAAAAUAACCCUGUUAAUCUUUCAAAUGCUUCAAGUGACUACUUUGCUGUUUUUCUUUUCAGCCAGAUUGAAAAAAUUUUUUUUUUAUUUUAUUGGGAAUCUUUUUGGGAGCGAACCAGUUAAUCUGUGAGCAGGAGCUUUUAAUGUACUUUAUAAUAAAAAUAAAUUCAACUUAGAAGAUUCCCCAACCAAUUCAAAUAUGUAAAUUCUAGGUUGGCUAGAUUUAUAAUAAUGUAAACAAAAUAGUAAAUGCAAAAAAAAGAAAAAGCUUUUUUAAACUGGAAUUUUAUUUAUUUUCAGCUACUUUAUUUAUUUAUCUAAUUAUGAAAUAAAUAAUAUUAGUAAAAGUAGAUGUGUAGAAAUUGUUCAAGUUACCUGUAGAAUUAUGAUAGCAAAAAGUGCCUGAAAAUAAAAUUUAUGAGAAUGUAGUCCCCAUAAAUUUGUUUUUCCCUGAUAAUGUGCCAGGCAUCAUUGUUAUUAUGGGGGCAAAUAACUUGCUGAGAAUAUAUUCCCCUUAACUCUGUAUUCCCUGAUCAUUUUCAAGGAAUCCUUGUUAAUAUGGGAAAAGGUCUUGCUCACAUGAUACGUUACUUUUAAUGUACCAAAGUGGUUACUUGGGUUACCGGAAAUUAGAUCGAAAGAAAUUUCGUCGACGGUAAAUUGAUCGACGGUAAUUUGAUCGAACGGAAAUAUGAUCGAAACUUUU